UAUUGGAUUUAAGACCAGUGGACACGCUAGACGAAGAGAAAAAAAAAAAGACUUGUAUAUUUAUAGAUUACUUUGGCAAACAGAAGUCUUGGCAAGAACAAAAUGCAUCAUUGGAUGAAGGGACUACUCACAAGAAUAAAACUAGUUUCCUCUGCCUCUGCAAAAAGGCGGGCGAAAGAGCAGGACUAUUAUUUAGAGAAUGGAGGUCUAGUGCUGGAGGAGCUUCUUGGUUUAUGUGAUGGAAAUUGCCGAAUUCCCAUCCGUUACUUCAGUGCCAUGGAGAUCGAGAGGGCAAUAAAACACUCUGAAAGCAAAAUGGAUCCAUCCGGUGUGAAUUUGAUUACAGGCUCGCUGAACAACCGGCUCGUUUUAGUAAGGUUGUCUGGCAGUAAUAUCUACCGAGAUAUAGCAAUUACUGCUCAGAUGAGCUAUCUCAAGAAUGUGCUGAGACUUGUCGGUUGCUGCCAAGAAUUUGAAUCACCAGUUAUGGUGUAUGAAUAUGUUGAAGGUAUAUCUCUUAAAGAUCUACUUAUCAAAAAGGGUAAUCAUGAUCAAACUAGAAAAGCAUUGUCUUGGGGAAAUAGAUUACGGAUUUCCAAUGCGGUCGCUUCAGCAGUCGUUUUUCUCAACACCGAAUUUACUACGCCAAUCAUCCACAGAAAUAUAAAGCCAGGGAAUGUGAUAAUAGAUCAGAAUAGCGGCGUUGCCAAAAUAGUAGACUUCUCAUUGUCCAUAUCAUUGCCUCCAGGUAAAUUGGAGGUAGAAGAUACUCCGUGCGGAACAUACGGGUACGCAGAUCCAGAAUAUGUCUCCCUGGGUAUUGUUACUCAUAAAACUGACGUCUACAGCUUCGGGGUUCUUCUCUUUGUGCUAUUAACUGGAAAGCAAUUGUCGAAUACUAUAACUUCCAAUAGGGAAGAGGGUAAUGCUAUGGAUCCACUCGACAUUUUAAGCCCCUAUGUUAGAGAGGCUAAUGUAAUGGAUGUAACGGAUCCUGCCAUUUUGGAAGAGCAUGGAAUUGAGAUUCAUCAACAAUUGGAAGACUACUGGGAUCUUGUUAAAAAAUGCACAACUUACAAGGGGGAAGAUAGACCAUACAUGAUUCAUGUUGCAAGGGAAUUACGCCGAAUUGACAAGUGUUACUGUGCCCUCACUCUUGGUCAGAAAUAAAUGUCUGUUUUGCUCCCGUCAUGUUUUUUUUUCCCGAAUUUUACCGUUAUAAUAUUUAUGUUGAACAAAAAUGAGAACUAUAGACAAUGCAAUUGCCAAUUUGAUGUUUCUUUUGCUCUA